GCCGCCGCCUCGCGCUGCGCCGUGGCCUCCGGCCUCAACCCCGGCAUCCUGCAGGCGCUGGACAAGUACCGGGCGCGCGGGCCUCCCCCGCGAGAGGCCGGGCCUCCCGCCGGGCGGGCCAAGCGCUUCGUGUCCGUGCCGCGCUACGUGGAGACCCUGGUGGUGGCCGACGAGUCCAUGGUGAAGUUCCACGGCGACGACCUGCAGCACUACCUGCUCACGCUCAUGGCCACGGCGGCGCGCCUCUACAAGCACCCGAGCAUCCGCAACCCCAUCGACAUCGUCGUCGUCAAGUUCCUCGUCAUCGGGCAGGACGACAAGGGGCCCAAGGUGACGGGCAACGCGGCGCUCACGCUGCGCAACUUCUGCGCCUGGCAGAAGAAGUGGAACAAGGGCAGCGACAAGCACCCCGAGUACUGGGACACGGCCAUCCUCUUCACCAAGCAGGACCUGUGCGGGGCCACCACGUGCGACACGCUGGGCAUGGCCGACGUGGGCACCAUGUGCGACCCCAAGCGCAGCUGCUCCGUCAUUGAGGACGCCGGGCUGCCCUCCGCCUUCACCACGGCCCACGAGCUGGGCCACGUCUUCAACAUGCCCCACGACAACGUGAAGGCCUGCGAGGAGGUCUUCGGCCAGCUCAAGACCAACCACAUGAUGUCGCCCACCCUCAUCCAGAUCGACCGCGCCAACCCCUGGUCCCCCUGCAGCGCUGCCAUCAUCACCGACUUCCUCGACAGCGGCCACGGAGACUGCUUGCUGGACCAGCCCGCCAAGGCCAUGGCGCUGCCCGCCGAGCUGCCGGGCAGCAGCUACAGCCUGGGCCAGCAGUGCCAGCUGGCCUUCGGCGUGGGGGACCAAUGCGGGCCCUUCACCGGCUACGGCCACAGCACCAACCGCCUCACCGCCUCCGUCUCCUGGGUGCCCAAGUACUCGGGCGUCUCGCCCCGGGACAAGUGCAAGCUCAUCUGCCGCGCCAACGGCACGGGCUACUUCUACGUGCUGGCGCCCAAGGUCGUGGAUGGCACCCCCUGCUCCCCGGACUCCACCUCGGUGUGCGUGCAGGGCAAGUGCAUCAAAGCGGGAUGCGACGGCAAGCUGGGCUCCAAGAAGAAGUUUGACAAAUGCAGCGUGUGCGGAGGGGACAACAAGAGCUGCAAGAAGGUCUCGGGCUUAUUCACCAAGCCCAUGCACGGCUACAACUUCGUGGUGGUCAUCCCGGCGGGAGCCUCCAACAUUGACAUCAGGCAGCGGGGCUACAAGGGCCUCGUGAGCGACGACAACUACCUGGCGCUGAAGAACGGGCAAGGGAAGUACCUGCUCAAUGGGCACUUCAUCGUCUCGGCCGUGGAGAGGGACCUCAUGGUGAAGGGCAGCGUGUUGCGCUACAGCGGCACCGGCACGGCCGUCGAGAGCCUGCAGGCCUUCAAGCCCAUCCAGGAGCCCUUGACCUUGGAGGUGCUCUCCGUGGGCAAGAUGACUCCUCCGCGCGUGCGUUACUCCUUCUACCUGCCCAAGGAGAGCAAGGAGGACAAGUCGGCGUACAGGAAGGAGGGCAAGGGCCCUCCGGACCUCACCAACAGCGUCCUGAGCGUGUCCAACCGCGUGGACGCGGGGCGGCCGAGCUACAAGCGGCCUUCCUACAAG